AUGGAUGGGGUCACACGUGCGGACAAGGCUCCGUCCACGGACUUGGCCUCGGAGUGGCGUCCCCGGGGCUCUGCGUUCACUCCUUGUGUGCCUAAGGCUGAAGAAGAAGCUUCUGCUGCUGCUGAGAAGCCGCAACCAUUACGCGUGGUUGUGAGGAAACCCUUGGUGUCUAGACUGACCAAGGAAAUAGUUCAAACAUACCAAAAAUGCAAUCCACAGUUUAAAUAUUCUGAAGAUCUAAAUCCGAAAAGGUUUUUGACCAGCCCAUCAGUUGGAGUGCUUAAUGAUGGCUAUGAUAAUGUAAACUCAGAUCUUAUUUUGACAGUGAAUUUUGUCUUGAACCAUUUAGAGAAAAACAAAAGAUAUGUUGUCAAAGAUCUCCUUGGCCAUGGGACGUUUGGACAGGUGGCUAAAUGCUGGGAUUCAGAUACCAACAGUUUUGUUGCCGUGAAGAUCAUUAAAAAUCAACCUGCAUACUAUCAACAAGCACUGGUUGAAGUAACUAUCUUAAAAACGUUAAAUAAGAAGUAUGAUCCUGAGGAUAAGCAUCACAUUGUUCGAAUAUAUGAUUAUUUUGUAUAUCAACGACAUUUGUGCAUUUGCUUCGAAUUGUUGGACACAAACUUGUAUGAGCUUAUCAAGAUGAAUCAUUUUAGGGGAUUAUCACUUGGUAUUGUUCAGCUAUUCUCCAAGCAGAUUUUAUGCGGAUUGGCUCUGCUAAAAGAGGCUGGAAUUAUUCAUUGUGAUCUGAAGCCAGAAAACAUUCUUUUAUGUACGAGCACUGUGAAGCCAGCAGAAAUAAAAAUUAUUGACUUUGGAUCAGCAUGCAUGGAAAAUCGCACUGUUUACUCUUAUAUUCAGAGUCGAUACUAUAGAUCACCCGAGGUUCUUCUUGGAUAUCAAUACACAACAGCUAUUGAUAUGUGGUCCUUUGGGUGCAUAGUGGCGGAAUUGUUUCUUGGAUUACCAUUAUUCCCUGGGGCUUCAGAAUUUGAUCUUUUGAAACGGAUGAUUGAAAUACUUGGAGGACAACCACCUGAUUAUGUACUAAGGGAUGCCAAAAACACGAGUAAAUUCUUUAAGUGUAUCGGGAGUCUCCAGAAUAUAGAGAUCAGUGAGAGUUCCACAAAUGGAAGAAGUGUUUAUCAAACAUUGACAGUGGAAGAAUAUGAAGCUAGAGAAUUGAAGAAGCCAUCAAUUGGAAAAGAGUAUUUUAAUCAUAUGAACCUAGAGGCAAUUGUUACAAACUAUCCCUACAGAAAAAACCUUCCUAAAGAAGAUAUUGUCAAAGAAAGUCAAAUACGACUGGCUCUUAUUGAUUUUUUGAAAGGGCUUGUUGAGUUGGAUCCUUCAAAACGCUGGUCACCCUUUCAGGCUUCAAAACACCCUUUUGUAACUGGGGAACCUUUUACACAUCCUUACAAGCCUCCCCCUGAGACUCCUCAAAUGCCAGUAGUUCAAAAUAUCAAGGUGGAUAAUCAUCCUGGAGGAGGACACUGGUUUGCCGCUGGUCUAUCACCUAAUGUUCAGGGCAAAAGCAGAGCUUCCCUCUAUAGCAGUCCACAUUUUCAGAUGGUUCAACAUCAGCCUGCUAAUAGUUAUGGAAGUGUAGGAAGCCAUGGGAGCUAUAAUGAUAGCAUUGGGCAUGGAAGCAGCUAUGGAAGUUAUGGAGAAAGCAGUAAUAUGUUUGCUUACUAUUCGCCUAUUGGCCCAUCUGGUAUGAACAUGCACAAUCAGGGAAGUAUGUCAAUGCUUGGGAAUAGUCCUGAUGCUAGGAGAAGAGUUAAAUACCAACCAGGGAAUGGGUUGGGCAUAAGUCCAUCAGCUGGAAAUUUUGCUCCCUUGCCCCUUGGUGCCAGCCCAUCUCAAUUUACUCCACCAAGUUCCUAUAGUCAGGUUUCAGCUGGUUCUCCAGGACACUUUGGACCAACAUCUCCUGCAAGAGGAACUUCUCACGGAUCACCUUUAGGCAAGACAGCUGCAGUUAGCCAGUUUAAUAGAAGAAAAAAUUGGGGACAUUCUGGAAGUCCUCAAAGUCAAGAAACAACAUUUUCUUCACAUUGGCAAAGUCAAUAUCCUGACAGCACAAGCCAUACUGAGGGAGCCUCACAAGCUCUUGGUAGUUCACCAUCAUAUCUACAGUCAAAUAGUAUUCCUGGAAACCGGAAACAGCGAGGAAGUGGAGGAUUAUCCGCUAAUCAGAACAUUUCAUGUUUGAUUAAGCCCAGUGCUAAUUUGAACUCACAAUCAACAGAGUUGGCUCAUGACAAUGCAGAGACAGGCAUUUCAUUGCCUGAUCCUGGAGAUUGGGACCCUAAUUAUAGUGAUGAAUUACUUCUUCAAGAUGAUGGCUCAGAUGAAAGCUCUUUGACAAAUGAGUUUGGCAGAAGUAUGAAUCUUGGAUCUACCGAACCAUGGGCUGGAUUUGGAAGGUUCAAUCAUGUAUCCAGCUCAAACACUCCAAUAAUCAUGCAAAGAUUAAAUGGACCAAGUCAAUCAUUUACUAAUGUUGAGAUGGGUAGCCUUCCGACGCAUGAUCUUCAAGCAGCAUAUGUACCCUCCAUGUCUAAGCAUUAUCAUCUCAUGCCUCAUAUUUUACAUAAUUCUCCCAGCCGUUUUGGACACCAAUCUGUUCAGAGAUACACACAUGGUAGACCCCCUCAGGGUGCUGAUUGGAGUCAAAUUAAGAUUCAGGCUCCUUCUGGUUUCAGCAGCGUGGGCCCUCGUUCUCCGAGGAAUAACUCAUUCACCAACAGUAUGACAUGGGGUGUAGCCAAAUAUAUGGAGAACACGGUAGAGGACAUGCUAGGUAUGGAAGAGAGUGCUAAUAAUUGUAACGGAGGACAGGCGGAGAAUGGAUCCUCCUGUCUCAAGCAUGCCUCCGACAUCCCGCACAAGAAAAGAUUAUGCAAGGAUAGACUAGCACGGCUGCUUCAAUGGUUCAGCUUGCUUUUCAUUUUUUUUAUCAGGGAAGAGGGAGGUCGGGGUGCUGGGGUCAUGCAUGACAAGGGUAGUCUGUGUAGAAAAGGGGAGGGAAGUGAACGGGCUAAAAGCGCAUCUCUCUGCCUUUCUCCUGAAACCACAACUGAGUGA